AUGUCAUCCUACAGCGCUUGGAUCAGUGCCUGCGAGAAACGCGGGUGGUGGCAGCAAGCGUUGUCAUUGGUCAUGAAAAUUUGGGAUGCGAGAUUGGAGCCCAGCAUCAUCAGCUACAGCGCUGGGAUCAGCGCGUGCGGCAAAGGCACGCAGUGGCAGCAGGCGUUGUCGCUGUUCACCGAAAUGGUGGAGGUGAAGCUGGAAGCCGACACCAUCGGCUUGAGCGCUGGGAUCAGCGCGUGCGAGAAAGGCGAGCAGUGGCAGCGGGCUCUCCUGCUGCUCUGCGAGAUGUUGGCGGCGAAGUUGGAGCCCACCGUCAUCACCCUCAACGCUGCGAUCAGCGCGUGCGAGAAAGGCGGGCAGUGGCAGAGGGCCGUGGCUCUGCUGAGUGGCAUGUGGGAGGCGAAGAUGGAGCCCACCGUCAUCAGCUACAGUGCUGGGAUAAGCGCUUGCGGAAAAGGCGACCAGUGGCAGCGGGCCGUGGCGCUGUUGAGCGAGAUGUGGGGGACGAAGUUGGAGCCAAACGUGGUCAGCUACAGCGCUGGGGUCAGCGCGUGCGAGAAAAGCAACCAGUGGCAGCAAGCGUUGUCCUUGCUCGGACAUUCGUUGCAACUGCAGUUGGAACCAGACGCUAAUAUGUACAGUAAUGUAAUUGGGAUUUGCGAGAGAAAUGGGCAGGUACCCCGUAUGGGGGCAGGUGAUGUUCUUGCGCCAGGAAGCCUGGUGGGCGAAGCUGGCAAUUCAAAAUUUCAGAGCGGGCUGAUUGUCUGGAUCAGGAGAACUGGCUUGUCAGUUGGCACGAUAUGA